GGUGCCGGACUCGGGCUUGUUCCCUCAGUCGCUGCUCAGCUGCCGCUCAGACCGUCGGGACUUCCCAGGCUUCAGGACCCUUCAGAGCACGGAUCAUGGGUGAGUGGGGUUUCCUCUCGUCUCUCCUGGACAAGGUCCAGUCUCACUCCACCGUGGUGGGGAAGGUCUGGCUCAGCGUCCUCUUCAUCUUCAGGAUCAUGAUCCUCGGAGCUGGAGCUGAGAAGGUUUGGGGAGACGAACAGUCCAAGAUGGUCUGCAACACCAAACAGCCCGGCUGCGAGAACGUGUGCUACGACCACGCCUUCCCCAUCUCUCACAUCCGCUUCUGGGUGCUGCAGAUCAUCUUCGUGUCCACGCCCACGCUCAUCUACCUGGGCCACGUCAUGCACGUCAUUCACAAGGAGAACAAGCUGAGGGAGAAGAUGCAGAAGCUCUCCGAGGGCCAGAUGGUCAAGCCCCCCAAGUACUCCGACGACAAGGGCCACAUCAAGCUGCAGGGCAACCUGCUGGGGAACUACAUGACCUCCAUCGUCUUCAGGAUCAUCCUGGAGGUGGCCUUCAUCGUGGGCCAGUACUACCUGUACGGCUUCGUCAUGGACCCCAGGAUCGUCUGCUCCAGAGAGCCCUGCCCCUUCACGGUGGAGUGCUUCAUGUCACGGCCCACCGAGAAGACCAUCUUCAUCAUCUUCAUGCUGACGAUGUCCUGCAUCUCCGUCAUGCUCAACGUGGUGGAGAUCUUCUACCUGCUGUGCUGCCGCUCCAACAGGAGGAAGUCCAGGGACCCGCCGCCGUUCGCCCUCAACAUGCCGCCGAGCCUGAACGGCGAGAAGAACCUGUAGCCGGAGACGCUGUGGACACAGAAGAAGGAUCCGGGAGCACCACUUAUUUAUUUCCAGAUCUUGUGGAAAGUUUGCCUUUCUAAGUCUACAUUCAUUUCUCGCCUCAAAAUUCUUUAAAGUGUGAUCACAUUUAAUUCAUGUGGAAGCUGUUUUGGUUUUUUUCAAGCCUCGUUACAUAUAUUUUUGUAAUGCAUGUUUGUUUGUAUUUGCAGACAUUGAACUGUAAAUAUUGAGAUUUCUUUUGUAUUUCCAGAUGAAGAUCAGAUGACUUUGACUGAAUAAAUGUUUCAGCAAGAUUAAAAAAACGUAU